UCCCCGGGUAUUAGAGCUGCAGCUCGGCCACAGCUCUCUCACUCUGCUCGCUGCUAAUCACGGUGUAAACAUGGCUGCUAACCGGGUGAUCGUGUACGGUGGACGAGGCGCCCUGGGCUCAAAGUGUGUCCAGCAUUUUAAGUCCAGCGGAUGGUGGGUUGCGAGCAUCGACAUGGCUGCAAACGAGGAGGCGAACGAAAACGUGAUCGUGAAGAUGAGUGAGUCGUUCACUGAGCAAGCUGGACAGGUGACGGCGGAUGUGGCCCAGUUGCUAGGGGAACAGAAAGUGGAUGCUAUCUUGUGUGUGGCAGGAGGAUGGGCCGGUGGAAGCUGUAGCUCCAAAGAUUUAUUCAAAAACAGCGAUCUGAUGUGGAAGCAGAGUGUGUGGACCUCCACUAUCUCCAGCCGCCUCGCCGCUCUGCACCUCAAAGCAGGAGGACUGUUGACUCUGGCCGGGGCUAAAGCAGCUCAGUCGGGCACCGGAGGAAUGGUCGGAUACGGCAUGGCCAAAGCUGCCGUCCACCAGCUGUGUCAGAGCCUUGCAGCAAAGAACAGUGGGAUGCCGUCGGAAGCUGCUGCUGUGGCCAUACUGCCGGUUACCUUGGAUACGCCAAUGAACAGGAAAUUCAUGCCUGACGCAGAUUUCGGCUCCUGGACGCCGCUGGAGUUCAUCGCAGAAAUGUUCUUCAACUGGGCCACAGGAGUGAACCGGCCGGCUUCUGGAAGCCUGAUGCAGCUGAUGACCUCCGGAGGGGAAACCCAGGCGGUGCCCGCGGAGUAGAGGACGCAGAGGAGCUGUGGAGACGGUGAUGGAGGGGUUCGGAGAUAUAGAGGGAGAGAGAUGGAGAGGUAGAGAUGGAUGGAGGCAGAGAGAGGGAGACAUGAGAGGAAGGAGCACAAAGAUAAACUGGUAGGAAGAGCAGCAGCAGGAGGAUAGUGGAAGGUGAGUUCAUAAAGAUAGGGGGAGUGAUGAAGAGUGUUUCAGGUGAAGAGGAGAAGAAAAGAGAUGGUGGAAGAGAGGCUGCUAGAUGGGUUUGUUUUUGAGCAGGAGGAGGGGGGGUUCACCAAACAAAUGCAGCCCCACAGCGCCAUCUAGCUGUAAACCCCUGCAUUAAUGCCAACAGUGAACCGGCAGAGUAAAAUCUCCCAAAAUCACCAGUUUGCAUCCCACUUAGAAGUGCAUUCUUCACUCUCAGACAGUCAAACAUUUCAUAUCAAAAUGUGUAUGUAACCCCCUUUUUAUGUCCAGAGUCUGCAGAAGUGGUCACUGAUGGAGAUAAAUGUGCAGAAUGAUGUGUACCAUACUGUUGAGAUUCUGUGUGGUAGCGGCAUUAUUACAUUAUUAUAAUUUUAAAAUAAUGACAAUGAAGGGUGUCCUUACCUUGACCCAAAUGUUUCCACCUCAUACAUACAGUAGUGAUAGUCGUUGUCCGUUCAGCAUAACAUGAGUGAUCUGUACAGCUUUUAGUUUGCAGAACUCGCUGACAGAGAAAAACUUCAGGGCCGACAAACAGUCCAAAGUCAAAGCCCAAGCCGCUGUCAUCUCUCAAACGGACAAAACACUUUCCAAAGUGGAGUGGCCUUAUUUCAUGUCUGUCGCUGUCGAGUCAAAGUGUCCUUGUUGUCUGCCGCUGUGAAGAUGCCGCUCUGUUCCUCUUGUGGAUUUUUUAAAGUCAUGUAUUGUAACUGUGUCCAUUUCACAAUAAAAAAAAACAA